GCCGGACCGGCAAAUAAUCGAAAAAUUGAUAUAGAUUCAGUGUAAUUGAUAAAAAUCAAUUAUAAAGAUGACUCUAAUAACGAUAUUAAAAGGUCACGUUAAUUUACGACGAUUGUCACGACUGCCUCCUUGCAUUUUUGAGAAUUAUACACGAUGUAUGGCAUCAUUUACGAAAUAUGCUGAGCAUAAGCCUUUGGAGAAAAUUAGAAAUAUUGGUAUAUCUGCUCAUAUUGACUCUGGUAAAACUACAUUGACUGAACGUAUAUUAUAUUAUACUGGUCGAAUCGAACAAAUGCAUGAAGUCAGAGGUAAGGACAAUGUUGGAGCAACUAUGGAUAGUAUGGAAUUGGAAAGGCAACGUGGUAUUACUAUUCAAUCUGCUGCAACAUAUACAAUCUGGAAAGAUCAUAAUAUUAAUAUUAUUGACACCCCUGGGCAUGUGGAUUUCACAGUUGAAGUAGAGAGAGCUCUUCGUGUUUUGGAUGGAGCAAUUUUAGUACUGUGUGCAGUUGGUGGAGUUCAAUCUCAAACAUUAACUGUGAAUCGGCAAAUGAAAAGAUAUAAUGUACCUUGUCUAGCGUUUAUUAACAAAUUAGAUAGAAUGGGUGCGAAUCCUUAUAGAGUAUUGCAUCAGAUGCGUUCUAAAAUGCACCACAAUGCAGCAUUCAUUCAAUUACCUAUUGGUCUAGAGGGAGAGACUAAGGGGUUGAUCGAUCUGAUUACGCAGAAAGCAAUAUACUUUGAGGGUGAAUAUGGAGAAGUUAUUAGACAAGAUGAAAUUCCAAAAGAUAUGAGAACCGAAGCAGACGAGAGCCAUCAAGAACUCAUUGAACAUUUGAGUAACGCCGACGAAAUACUCGGUGAAUUAUUUCUCAAUGAAUCUAAACCCACUGAAAAAGAUCUCACGGAUGCAAUCAGAAGAACCUGUAUAAAAAGAACAUUCACACCAGUUCUUGUGGGUACUGCCUUAAAGAAUAAAGGAGUUCAGCCUCUACUGGAUGCAGUGAUAGACUAUUUACCAAAUCCUGGUGAGGUCGAAAAUUUAGCUAAUAAAGAGAAGCAAGGAGAAGAACCAAUAAAAGUCGUUUUAGACUCGGCACGUAAUGACAAAAAAUCAUUUGUCGGUCUGGCAUUUAAAUUGGAAGCAGGGCGUUUUGGUCAAUUGACCUAUUUUCGUUGUUAUCAAGGCAUGUUGAAGAAAGGCGACACCAUUUUCAAUACAAGAACAAAUAAAAAGGUUCGCAUUGCAAGACUUGUACGCUUGCAUUCAAAUCAAAUGGAAGAUGUACAUGAAGUUUAUGCCGGUGACAUUUUUGCCUUAUUCGGCGUUGAUUGUGCCUCUGGUGAUACUUUCGUCACAGACAAUAAAUUGGAUUUAUCGAUGGAAUCCAUUUUCGUGCCGGAUCCGGUAGUCUCCAUGUCUAUUCAAGCCAAGAAUAGUAAGGACCGCGAUAAUUUCGCUAAAGGAAUAGCAAGGUUUACCAAAGAAGAUCCAACCUUCCGAUUCUUCUAUGACCCUGACAGUAAGGAAACUCUCGUCUCUGGAAUGGGAGAAUUACACCUGGACAUUUAUGCUCAGCGUAUGGAACGUGAAUAUGCUUGUCCAGUAAUACUUGGAAAACCUAAAGUUGCUUUCAGGGAAACCCUAACCGAACCUUGCGAGUUUGAUUAUCUUCAUAAAAAGCAAUCUGGUGGUGCAGGACAAUUUGCUCGCGUAUCCGGUAUCAUGGAACCACUUCCACCGCAUGAAAAUACCAAACUAGAAUUCUCAGAUGAAACCACCGGCACUAACGUACCAAAACAGUUUAUCCCGGGUGCCGAGAAAGGAUUCAGGCAGAUGUGCGAGAAGGGACUGUUAACUGGACACAAAUUAGCUGGUAUCAAAUUCCGUCUGAUAGACGGAGCUCAUCAUAUUGUGGAUUCAUCCGAGCUUGCGUUCAAUCUAGCUGCUCAGGGUGCCGUCAGGGAAGUUUUCGAAAGAGGAAAUUGGUCAAUCUUAGAACCAAUAAUGCUGGUUGAGGUGACUGCGCCAGAGGAAUUUCAAGGAACAGUUAUUGGUCAGCUAACUAAACGGAAGGGUGUCAUAACUGGCACCGACGGUAACGAGGGUUGGUUCACAAUCUGUGCUGAAGUUCCCCUGAACGAUAUGUUUGGCUAUGUUGGUGAGCUGCGUUCUAGUACCCAGGGUAAGGGUGAAUUCUCAAUGGAAUAUUCAAGAUACAGUCCAUGUACAAUGGAAGUGCAAGAAGAGCUUGUACGACGAUACCAAGAAUCACUUAGUAGUAAUGUUCAGAAAAAGAAGAAUUAAUUUGACACUUCGUAGCUUUGAAUUCUCCAUUAUUCCUCAUGGAAGUAUAGGACCGAACAUGAACAAACUUCCUGAGUACCUAGCACAUAAUUCAGAAUGAAAGAGAGUUGAUGAAUGCUUAUAAGUAUAUGAAAUAUUUAAUUUUUAUAUCCAGCUAUUAUAGUCGCCAACCAAACACCGCAAUUCAGGAUAUCAGAAUGAAUGAGUAUAGUCAAAUGUAAUUAAUAGUUAAUUGUAAAUAAUCACAGUCGAUCCGUAUUAUAAGAUGUAUAAUAAAAAAACACCUAGUAGUAUUUCAA